GACCGACCGUGAUUGACAUGUACACGCACUAUUGGAAACAACAGCCUUUGCUAAACUGGGUCCUCCUCUGAUCCAGUGUCAUCAGUUUCCAAGAGAGUGACAUGUGCAGGGGGAUUAAGCACCAGGCUCAUCAUAGACAACAGACAGAGAGAUCAUAUCAGCUAACGUGACACCUCUGACCUAAUAGCCGGCACAUAGUCCCACUGGCUUUUUUUUGAGAUACAAUCAAGGAAUAUUUUGAUACACACUGGGGAGCUCGUCGGGAUGGUCCCCCCCGAAACCUGCUCCCACGGGUCACACCUAGCCUAAGAAGCAGAUAGCGACGAAUGCGUAUGGGAGGGGGAAUGUGGAGUGUGUUGCCAUGUCUCCACCCACCUGCAAAUAAAACAGAUGUUAAAGGAAAAGUUGUCAAGAAAUCACCGUGGACUGUACGGGACACAUUUUCACUACUUUUCAAAAACAUUUGAUCGUAAAUUGAUUUUCAGUUGUCAGUAUUGGUUAUACUUGAGAAGACAUUGGAGAGGAGAUUCCCUGCUGGACUUCAAUAUUCCCUUGUGUUGUGAGAUGAGAGCUGUGGUAUACUCUCUGUUUGUCCUGGGCCUGCUGUGGGACAGUGUGAGAGCUGAAAACACCAUUGGCGGCCUAAAAGUAGCAGCAGCUGCAUGGGCGGGGGAGCUGCCGUGCAGGAAGUGGGACUGUGAGUGCACAUUCAAGCGCCAGCGGAGCUGCUGCUGUGCCAACCAGGAGCUCCAGGAGGCGGAGGAUCAAAUCUUUGUGAGAAUGAUGGACCUGUCGCUGAGAGUGUCCCAGCUGGGCGACAGCGUCCUCGAAGUCAUAGGCGGGAUACAGGUUGCGUUCACUGCCUCCUUGAGCCCCAGAACAAUCUGCUUUGGGCCUUUAACCAGAAAUAGACCCAUCCCGUAUGAUGUCAUCACCCUCAACCAAGGAAGCAUGUACAACCCUGCUCUGGGUCUAUUCACGGCCCUUCGUUCCGGACUGUACUCCUUCUCUUUCUCUGUCUACUCCAAGGUGAGCGCGGCGGGUGACAGGAUGUACUACAAGGUGCAACUCAUGAGAAACGGGCGGGUGGUGGCGGCCACUUGGGAGGACAACAGGGAGGACUCAGAAGACAGCAGCUCCCACACAGUUCUACUGCCACUGCAGCAGGGAGACCAGGUCUAUGUGGAGCUCCAGAGAGGACGGCAGCUGUGUGGGAACGUCGUGGGUCUGAACACCUUCAGUGGCUCCUUGAUUUACACAAGUCAGGCCUAAGAUUAAUUCACCUCACCGUCGUUUGAUUUCCUUUUUCUCAAAUAGCAAAAAUGAUGGAAU